CAUUCAUCACAUCGCUACACUGUGUAAUCUAUGGAAGCCGGACUCUGUUUUUAUGCUCUUUCUCUUUGGUGUACUGUAAACUGUGAAGUUACGAAACACACACAUAGCAUGGAAAAAUUUCAUGACAUGUUGUGAUUGUGUUGUGAGACAUGUUCCCACCUCGUACAAAUGUCCAUAUUUUGAUUUGAAUAUAUAAUUAGUGGAUAUCUUGUUUCCUCUUUUUACUUUAGCGUUGACAACGUACGUUAAAAAAAACUAAAUCAAACAAAUGAAUUGUUAUUGUCAAGUUUGACAUUCACAUUGCACUUUGAUUUUGUCGAAACUUGUUUGAGAACGUGUUUCUUUUGUUUACGCAACGCCGCAAUGAACAUGGAGUGGACAAAAGCCGAAACAAUAAAAUUUAUAAAUCUGCUAAAAGGAUUUCCAUGUUUAUGGAACAGUCAAAACAAAGACUUUAAAAAUCGACAGAAACGUCGCGAAGCUUUAGACUAUAUAGCCCAAGAAUCAAAUACAGAUACAAGAGCUGUGGAAAAAAAAAUGGUAUCUCUAAGAACUCAAUACAACAGAGAAAUAAAUAAAAUUAGAACGAAGACACACGCGGGCUAUGAACAGCCAACAUCCAGUUGGUAUGCUUAUGAUCUUCUGCAUUUCUUAAAAGAUAACAGUAGUCCCAAACCUGCAAAAGAUUCGUUUACAAUUACAUUCACUCCAAAUAAAAAGGAAGAAUAUGGCGAUCCUUAUGAUUCCGGUUCUAAUCAAUCACCAACAAACACACAACAAUCACAGCUGUCCAGAAGAUCUAAAAUGAGGAAUAGUGUGAACCAAAUGAAAACAUUGAAUUUAUUAAACCAUGCAUCAAAUGCAAUAAUAAACAGACAGAAAAAGGAUGAGUUUUCAAUUUUUGGAGAAGCAGUUGCAAGUGAACUACGUGAUAUAAAAUCAAGAAAAGAAGUGAUAGAGCUGAAAAAAAAUAUAAUGGAUAUGAUUUACAUUACAAAGAUGAACAUUUUAGACACAGAAAAAACCACCCCGACUUCGCCUCCUCCAAACUCGGAGGCAAAUUUAAAUGAAAAAGAAAAUACAUCUGGUAGUUCUGAUAUCCAUUCAAUUUUGGGAAAGGUUGAGGUAGCUAUGGAUGGUGAAUGGAUGAAUGGAGACUCAUAAAAUAUGACUUUUGUGUAUAACACACUGAGUGGCUCCAUGGGUACUGUGGUAGUUUUUUUAUUCUCAAGUUAUGGAAAGGUUCAUGAAAGAACACCAUUUACAUUAUUAGUCAAUGAUUUUUUCUAUUUUAUUGUUUAACUACUUAAAAUGUCUAGAUGUCAAAACACAACAAGAUCUGGACGAAAGAUGUUGACUUACCAUUCAAAAUGUUUUAUUAAUAUUAGAAUAAUAUAUGAUUUAAUAUAAGUA